AUGGAGGAUGUAAAAGACCCCCCGACCGCCCCCCGGUCCUCCUCCUUCAGCAUCAAGAGCCUCCUGCUGCCCUCAAAGUGCGACCGAACGGACUCGGUAGCCGCUGCGGUCGCCGGUUUCUCCGCGACCCUGUCCCCCUCACCGGGCUCCGACUCGGACAAGUCCCUAGAACCGCCUGAGGUGGACUCCACGGCGGCGGCUCUGGACCCUGAAAAACCUGGCAAGGAGGAGCAGGAGGAGGAAGAGGAGGAGGACGGCGCCAAGGCGACACCGGAGCAGAACUCUACCGGUAAUAACAGCGGGAAAAACGGGAAAUAUGACAAACCUCCGUUCAGCUACAACGCGCUGAUCAUGAUGGCCAUCCGGCAGAGUCCCGAGAAGCGGCUCACGCUGAACGGGAUCUACGAGUUCAUCAUGAAAAACUUCCCGUACUACCGGGAGCACAAGCAGGGCUGGCAGAACUCCAUCCGGCACAACCUCAGCCUCAAUAAGUGCUUCGUCAAGGUCCCGCGGCACUACGAUGAUCCGGGGAAAGGGAACUACUGGAUGCUGGACCCGAGCAGCGACGAUGUUUUUAUCGGUGGGACCACCGGGAAGCUGCGGCGGCGCUCCGCCACAUCCCGGGGGAAACUGGCCAUGAAGCGCGGGCUGCGCUUCGCUCCUCUCGGCUUGGGGAUUAACGAGAGAGCGAACAACCCGCUGUACUGGCAGAUCUCCCCGUUCCUCUCCCUUCAUCACCACCACCAUCAUCACCCGCACUACAACGGAUCCUCGCCCGGCUUUCUGAACCAGGCGGGCGGCUACGGGUCGCUGCUGCCCGCCGUGGAGCAGCUGAGUAACGGGGACUUGGGGCGCUCCAUCCUCAGCGGCUCGGCCGCCGGUGCGCUGAGCUUGACGAACAGUUACGGGAUGAACACGUCGCCGGUCGGGCUGCUGUCCGGACAGACGGCUGGAUACUUUGUCUCAGGAACCCAACAUGCCGCGGCGGCCCCGGGCCCACCGGGAGGAGGGCCUCCACCUCCGCAUCUCCAGCAGGGCGCACCGGGGUUCGGCGGCCUGGCGACCAGCAGCUCGCCGCAGUCGCUGCUAUCAGACUCCCUGAGAAACGGCUCCCUUCCCGCCUUCUCCCCGGGCGUAUCUGCGGGGUUCCCGGGGGUGCUGUCCCAUCAGAAGAGGGUGGCCCCGAACGCGUUCCUAAACUGAACUGUGCGUGGGCGGCACCGGGACGUGCACGCGCAAAGGGCAAAUAAAAGUGGUAAAUAUCAAAACGCUUCCCAGAAUCCAAGAGAAACUUUUUGGACGCGUUUUCCGUCCGGAAAUGGAACCAGUUGAUUUUCCGUUUUUGCGCAUCGAAAUAAAAAAAGGGAGAAACUUUUUGUUACCUGCGAGUUGAAAAGUGUGAACAAGACUUUUUACCAAAGGUAACAGCAGAAGUAUAUUUCAGCUUAUUUAUAUCCUGUGCAGAUAUUUUCAGUACUUUGUUUGGGUCAUUUAUUUAUGUUUUGUAUUUAUUGUAUUUAAAUCCUAUUUCUCAGUGUUUGUCAGUAUUAAGAAAAAAAAAAGGGGGGGGGGGGGGGGUAAUAAUUAUUUAUGCACGCGGACAAUCAGGCAGAAAAAAACAAAAACUUUUCUGUUUAUUUGAGAGAAAAAGAUUUAAGUCAUUUAAUGAUGAAAAAGGAAUAAAAGCCUUAAAAUGAGCAAAAGAACCAAGUUUCAGGAGGAGAAACAAACCCGGUCCGGGUCUCAGACUCAGGUCCAGACCUAGAUCCAGGUCCAGGCUCAGGUCCAGAUCUAGAUCCAGGUCCAGGCUCAGGUCCAGGUCCAGAUCUAGAUCCAAGUCCAGGCUCAGGUCCAGGCUCAGGUCCAGAUCUAGAUUAAUAUUAAUAUGAAAUUAAAAACUGAAGAGUUUCGUUCUAAAGAAAAAAAAAUCCAAACAAUUUUUUUUCAAACAUAAUGAAAAUAAAACUCAUGAA